AUGACUACAUCAGCGAUGGAUCCUCCGCCGCAAAAACCUACCCGUGAUCCAGACCCUGAACCAAACAAAACAUCGAAUUCAGAGAGCAAGGAAUUCUCCGCCGUAUCGGAAGUCUCUUCGAUGAACCCUCCGCCUCCCAGGAACCCUUACACACCUAUUCUCGAGUCGACGGAAGUAGUAAACCCCGAGAUAAUUGAAGAAUCCAAGGACGAUUCCGUCGCUGUAGACGAUAAUAAGCAACCCCGUGUCCGAGUCCGGUCCUGUACACUAUCCCAGAGUGGAGUGGACCUCCGUGCCACAAAUUUCAGCUCGAAGACCUAA